AUGCCAAUGCCAGACGUCAAGACCUUGGGGGGGUCUUGGCUACUUGAGUGUGCUCUUGAUCCUACGAUCAAACAAGAGAACAAGGUUUAUCUUAUGGACUUGCUACUUCUCCACGGAUCAGAACACGACCACAACCGCUACUACAGAGAAACCCUUCGUUGCAGCUCCAUCAUAAGGGUAUUUCAUGAUGACCACAUACCAUCUAGGGUUCUAGAAAAACUUAUCAGUACGAGUUCUGACCUCAACUAUCCUUUCGUUUCCUUCCAUCCAGAAGGGUCAGAAUCCUGUGUUCGGCGAAUGUAUCACACUAGGACAAGAAGAUUUACGAGCGAACAAGUGGAAAAGCUGAAGAUUAUGAGAGAUGCGACACUUUCCGUACGCAAAAGUCAUUUGACGACUCCUGAGGCGAUUCGCUUCCGAUCCCUUUCCGACCUUCUAAGACUCCGAGGCAUUGCCCACCCAUACCUUUCUAUAACGCAGCACAAACAGAUGUUAGAAAUUGAAUUGCUGGACUAUCCAGCGAUAAAUGACUGGGAACCCUUUCAUGGGUCAACUGUUUGGUCGCUAGCGGUAAAUCAGGUCAAUGAAUAUAUUCGACUUUGGCUUGACCAUGAAUCUAACAAUAAGGAGGUCGAAGGUAUAUUGUCGGUGCUACAGAUGGUCCUAGACGCAGGAGCUGAUCCUCGUCGAAGUCAUGAGGUCCAAAAGAAGCACACACAUAACACCUACUCUGGCUUCCGCGGAAGUGGGUACUACAAUUGGAAAACACCGCUCUCCUGUCUUUGCGCGACAUGGACCCAUCUGAUCCCUAAAGUUGGUGAAGUUGUCGAUUUUCUAGUGCAGGCUGGUGAGCCUAUAGACGCCCAAGAUAUGGGAGGAUUAACCGCGUUGCAUUUUGCUUCGAAAUACAUACACCCGGAUCUAGUUGAGAAAUUCAUCAGCUAUGGCGCCAAUGUAAACAUAGUUAAUACGAAAGGCAUCUCAGCUCUUCAUUUUGCCAGCAGGUGCGACUUCCCCGAAUGUGGAUCAGAAAGUUUUGGUUUGAUACAGAGACGAUCACGAGUUGUUCGAACCCUACUUGCGCACGGGGCAGAUCCAUCUGCUGUGGAUGAAAAUGGGUUUACUCCCUUACACUAUGCUUGCAAGAAUGGGUUGCUCGAGGUCGUGUCACUUCUUAUCGCCGACCCGAGAGUGGACGUAAACGCAGUAACACACGAGUUGGGAACAGCGUUACAUUAUCUUCCGUACCAGCGCAAGUUUCGCGGAAGCUGGAGAAACAGUCCACCAUUUGAGGGCAAGGUAAAAAUUGUGAAGAUCUUAAUAAAUGCAGGGGCCGAUGUGAGAGCUCGAGAUGGGGAUAACUGGAUGCCAAUCGUGCAUGCCCGAAGAUAUGGGUUUUCUGAACUGGUGGAAGCUCUCUUGGCUAAUGGAGGGGACGACGGCUUUGGACUGGGCGAAGUUACUUGA